AUGCCCAAGUCAUUGAGAAAGAAGGUUCAUUCUUCCAGUACGUCUUGUAAUAAGUCGUUCAAAUGUCAAGGGUUUGGUGAUUGUCGCAUGGAAUUCACAAGACAAGAACAUCUUGCAAGACAUAUCAGGAAACAUACGGGUGAACAACCGUUUCAAUGCCAUCUGUGUCUUAGGUUCUUUUCUAGGUUGGAUAAUCUGAAACAACAUGUGGAAUCGGUGCAUUCCGUGUCGAUGGCCACGUCUCAGUUGAAAAAUUCCAAGAGUACGGCCCCAUGUUGCCCAGGAACUGGUACUGGUACCAGUUCCAGUACUACUGCUUCACCGCCAACACCAGAGGUGUUGGCAGAGUCUAGCAAUUGCAGCAGUGCCUGCAAUGACAACCCGUGCUCGUCCCAUUCUAUCGAGGGCCUCCAACAACCUUUGCCUGCCAAACCGGCUUCUGGUGUGUUCCAACCGUUUUUGGACGUGAAGAGUACGAAUAGUAACCCGCACCUGUCUCCGUUGUCGACAGCUUCGUCAUUUUCUGCGUCAGGGUACAGGUCUGCGUCCUUACCAUUGUUGCAGUUUAAUCUAUCGCAAUACCUGCCAAUGAUGCAGGGCAUCCCACAAGGUUUUCCUCAGGUAUACUCCCAUGCGAUGGGUCCAAACAUGACAGCCAGCGUGCCUGCUGCUGCUGCUGCUGCUGCUGCUGCCCCUCCUCCUCCGGUUCUCUCCUCACACAUGUAUGCAUCCUCUUUUUACUACGCUUCACCAGUACGGCCGGUACGAAACUGCAAUUACGGUCUUAGGACGCUUUCUUCAACACCGGUGUCUCUGGCACCGGUACCAGCACCCACGACGUGUGGUAACAGCUCUUACUCUUUGCCUCCCCCAUCUAUCUCAUAUCCUACGUCUAGAGCCCAAUUGAUCUCGACGAUUGAUUCGGAAGCUCAUCAGACUUCGUUAAGAAAAGUGUCAACUCCAAAGAAACUCUCUUUAGAGCACAUCCUAUCAUGA